GAGCAACGCGACCGUGUAGCGUGAUUGUGGAAACGUUUUUCCCCGGAACAAAUAGGAAAUACCAGAAGUAGCAACGUAGAAUCCAGCUUUUUAAUUUUUUUUUUAGUCUUUUUGAGUUAUUUACAAACGUAUUUAUUCUCAACUAGGACCAGUGAAGCGGUUGGUCUCGGGCUGAAGGACAACAGCAGCAGAUAGUCGCUGCACAGCCGCACUGACUGCGAGUAAACCAAGUUUCCCAGGUCUCUGUUUUAUUACGGUGAGCAAGUGAGAGGAAUCAUCUCCUGAACAAACCUGUUUAUCUGCGCUGUGUGCCAACACACCAUCAUGCCAGAGGACAAAAACUGUAAACUGCUUCAGCCAGCCAGGAUGUGUGACCAGAAACAGAAGAAAAAGAAGAAGAGAAAGAAAACCUCUGCUUCCACCACUGAGCCAGAAAAUACAGAGAAACCUCAGCCUGGUUCUUUGCCUCCUGAGACCUCGCCGGUGUCCCUGCUGCCCCCUCAGAGUCCUGCUCAGUCUCAAGGCCAGCUUCCCAAACUUAGAGCAUCCAGUAAGAAGAGCGGAGAACGUCUGGGCAGCGGCGAUCGGAGGAGCAAGAAACACCUCAAGGAUUCACCAGAAAGUGGCAGAGGAGCUCCGGUGCAGGGAUACGUGACGGAGCUCAGCGUUCAGGCCAGGGAGAGCCUGAGGUGGGAAGGAGCCCUGCAGGACCCCCAGGCCGAGGCCAAGAGGCUGGAGCAGUACAGGGCCAACAGGAGGCAGCGUUACAUUGCUCACAGAGAGGCUCUGCUGAAAGAAACCCAGGACACCUUGAGACAGACUUUUUCUCAAGAGCAACGAGGAAAAGUCUGAAUCUGAACAACAGGAGGCUGCAUCACUGCUGCAUCUGAGCUCAGACUGAUGUUUGUUCCUAGUUUAAAACAGAUUCAGCCACGGUUAAAUACAAAGAGAAAAUGGAACAGGAGCUGAGCUUGUUGCCAAUUCAUUACCCUUUAAAGCUCCCGGCUGAAACGCUGUCAAGUACAAACUACGUCCUCUCAGUGCCACGUCUGUCACAAAGACAGGAGCUCCUCCUGCUGAAUAGGCCUGUUAAAAACUUAAUAGAGGAUUUGCACAGCUUAUCUUGUGUUGCUGAAUUAUGUAACGCUGACAGAAAAAGACCCAAAUUUGAUCUUUCAGGACUGAAACUCGAUCAGGAUAACACCUCUGAGGCCCACUCUUAUCUGUCAGCGAGGUCGGUGAGGGUUAACUGGAUGGGAGUCACAUUACUUUUUUCAGCACUAUGAUGUUUAAAUGUAAAAACAUAGAAAUAAAAUGGGUGUAAAAGCUCCGUCUGUUCAGCAAAUUACUCACUUGGUUGACCUGUGAAGCAAUGUGUGAAAUGUCAGAGUCAUUAUUUCUUUCUUGCUUGCUUUUAUAAGGCAGUUAAAAGCUACGGAAACGAUUCAGUGACGUGUAAAUAUCAUAUUUAAGGGGGAACGUUUUAAUUUCAUUGUCUCUUACCACCUACCUGCUGAGAUAUCCAAAUGUAGUAUGAUAGAAAAAAUGUUUUUCAGAUCCACAUUAGUGAAGAAAAAGAUAUUGUAACUUAAAUUGUUGGACUGAUUUCACAGAGGGACAGAUUGUUGUUGUCUGUUCUUCCUGUGAUGUUACCACUGGUGGACGAUAGAUGGCAGAAAAGUCCCACUGAAUGAAUGCAAAGAAAGACAAAAGUAUUGAGCCUGAGAUUUUCUUUUUUAAUACUUGAACAAAUAUAACAAAAAAGUUUAAAUGACGAGUUCACCGCUGUUGUUUCUGUUUGCGAUGAUAACAAAGCUAACAAGAUAAUUCAGCCUCUUCUUCAGGAGAUGAAUCUUCCACUUGUUCCCCAGGAGAACAGGUAUAAUUCUCGUACCUCAAGAAUUCAUAAUAAGCCAAAUUCUUUUCUGUAGGAAUGUGUAUGGAUGGAAAUAAAGGCUUAAGGCUGUUUUUGAUGGA